AUGAAACGAAAUGGUUGUACUAAUUUUGAAGAACUUUCUAAUGAAAUAAUCUAUGAAGUAUUUGAUUUUCUUGAUACGUAUCAUGCUUAUGAAAUAUUUAGCAAUUUAAAUAUAAGAUUUCGAAAUCUUUUUACUUUAUCAAAUUUUCCAAUUGAAAUCAAUCUUUCUAAUAUAUCGAAAUCAUCAUUUCAACAACAUUAUGAACAAUUUUUUAAAUACAAUAAUCAUCGAAUUCAUUCACUUUAUAUUUCAAAUCCAUUUAUUAUCAAUUUAAUAUUUUCAUCUAUUAAAAAUGAUAUUUUAUUUACUCAACUUAAAAUACUUUAUUUGAAAAAUAUUGAUUCAGAUGAUUGUAACGAUGCUCUCGAUUAUUUGGUUUCAUUACCACAACUUUCAACGUUAAUUAUUGCCUCAUUUAAAAAUGAUUGUGAUAGAAUUAUAAUGUAUAAUAAACUAUUUCGUUUACCAGCAUUAAAAUAUUGUAAAUUAUCACUUGGUGAUGGUAGUGCUAUGACAGAUGGACUAUUACAUAUUGCUUAUAAUAAUUUUAGUCCUAUUGAACAUCUUAUUAUUGAUUAUAAUAUACAUUUUAAUGAACUAUUUCAUAUUUUAUCAUAUGUUCCUCAUCUUCGUCGUUUAUCAAUCAAAUGUCUGACUUUGUCUAAUGGUCAAGUGCCACAUACAUUCUCAAUUACUUUAAAUAAUCUUACACAUGUUUCUAUUAAAUUAAACCAUAUUAACUUCGAUCAAUUUCAACCUUUUAUGACAAAUCUUUUUAGAAAUCUUCAAGUUUUAUCUAUUUCAACAAGUAUGGAUAAUGAAUAUAUGAAUGCUCAAAGAUGGGAAAAUUUGAUUAUAACUCAUAUGCCUCAUUUACGAAUUUUUGAUAUUCAGCAUAAAACAUCUUUAUUUGGUGCUGUCAUUAAUAGUAAAACAUGUCAAGAUUUAAUGAAUCGAUUUGCUACAUUAUUUUGGACUAAACGAAAAUGGUUUUUUACACAUCAACAUUAUUAUUUAAAACGUUCAAAUCAUGGAUUUUUCUAUUCUAUACAACCAUAUAGUUUAUUGAAAGAAUUCGUCACGUGUUUUGAAAAUCUUUCUAAUGAAUUAAUUUAUGAAAUAUUUGAAUUAUUAGAUUUUCAUCGUGUUUAUAAAGCUUUUUAUUCACUUAAUGCACGAUUUUAUAAUCUUAUAUUUAAUUCAACUAUUCCAAUUGAAGUUAAUCUUUCUUCUAUAUCAAAAUCAACAUUUCAACGAUACAAUAAAGAUAUUAUUCUACCAAAUAAACAUCGAAUUCAUUCACUUCAUUUAUCAAAUCCGUGUUUAUAUGAUGAUAUUUCUUCACCAACUCAUAUUCUAUCCCAGUUUCCUCAUCUUAAAACACUCAUACAAGUUUUACAUAUUUCCAUAGAUAACAAUUCCGAUCAAAUGCAUAUAAAUGCUAAUAGGUGGGAACAAUUGAUAUUAUCUCAUAUGCCAAAUUUACGUAUAUUCGAUAUUCGACAUGAAAAUUGGUCGACAUAUAUUAUUACUAUCAAUCAUAAUGCUAAUCGAGUGAUAUUGAAUACUCGGAUUGCUAAUUUUUCAUCUUCAUUUUGGAUCAAUCGGAAAUGGUUUUUUACUCAUCAGUUUAUUCACGAAUGGGAAAGAAAUUGUAUAAUCUUCUAUUCAAUAGAUCCGUAUAGAAGAACAUAUUAUACAUUAUGUAAGCAAAUUCAUCAAUCAACUUGUUUAAAUUCGAAAAAAACUCACAUGCAAUCUGUUCAACAUCUUCGAAUUGACAAUGCAAAUGAAUUAAUAGAUUGUAAAUAUUAUUUUCCAAAUGCUACUACACUUACUCUUCAAAAAAACUUUUCAAAGACUUCGAAUUUAAUUAUAAUCAAUCUUAGUCGUGUUAUUCCUUUAAGGCAACUUACUAAAUUAGUUAUUGAAUAUAUUACUCUUUCAUUAACACAAUUAAUUGAAUUAUUAUGUUGUACACCUCAUAUUCAUACAUUAGUAUUCGCAUCUAUGCCACUUGAUGGAGUUAAUUAUAACUCUAUUCAAGAAAGUCAAUCUUUUCAAACGGUAUCCAGCACAAAUACUAUCAUAAACGUGACUUUUAAAGCAGAAUGUACAUUUGGAACACUUCAAAUACUUGCUGCUUUAUUCUCUCAAGUCCAACAUCUUACAAUAAGGCUCCAUGAGAAAGAUUUAAAAUCAUAUGUACGAUUUCUAUUAGAGAAAACAAAUCGAAAUACUGCUCAUUUGUGUUCAUUAUGUGUUUUAUUAGCAAAUACAAGUUGGCUUACAAAAUUAAAAAAAUUAAUCAAAUUUGAGAAGUUACUUAAUGAUUAUAUAUUAAAAAUGAUCGAUAUGGAUCUAUAUUUAUGGUGGUAA